AAAUGACUCAUGUCAAUUAAAUCAAGAAGAUUCACUUCACAAGUGAGAUUCUCCUAAUACAAAGGACGUUUACGAGAAAGUUCGGGAAGGCGGCAUUUAAUUUUAUUAUGAAAUGUGCAUUGAAUAGAAAUGUUUACAUUCUAAUCAAAAAAAUUCUACCAUAAUAUAGAAUAGUAAAUUAGUAUUUUUUACUGAAAAUACUAAGAUAGAUAAUAUCUAUCAGGGAAUAAAUCUGGAUUUCAAGUGCAUUUUUACAACACUUCAUGAACCGAGUACUAUCUCACGAAUAAAAAAUUCGUUUUAUCUCGCCAAAGAAUUUCUCUGAGUAUUGUAUCAAUACCUAAUAAUUGCUUUUAUUUAAUAAUAAUAUCAGACCGUGUGAAUUGUUUAAUUAAUUAUACUAUGAGUAAAUCCAAUGUAAUUCGAUUAAUAAUUAGAAAUAAUUGGCUUCAAAGACUAAUUAUAACAAAAAUAAUGUUUACUGGAGCAAUUAGUAGGUAUUGAUGAUUGUUUGAACUUCAAGGAAAUAUUGAUGAAGAUGAAACACAUCAAAUCCUACAGGAUUCAAUCAGAGUUUUAUUGAUCCACUUCCCGAUACUGAAAAUCGAACUGUAGGUUCUGAUAUACCUAAUUACCCAUUUAUUGAGAAAUUUUUGUCAUUUACGACAGGUCUUUCUAUCUUUCUGAUAAUAAAAAAAUUAUUUUAUAAACUAAGACAUCAUAUUUGAAAUAUAAUCUCGAAUUUUACAUAUUUUUUAAUUCAGCCUAAACUUAAAAAAUUCUAUAGAUUCGAAACUCAAUAUGGAUAAAAAUUAUCUCCGCGGUCGGUAAUUGUUCGCAAAAUACAACAAACCAGGCAAUACUGCGCCCAAGUGUGAACUGUUUCUAUUAUAUGUUGCAAUAAAUUUAAUUAUAUGUAAUAACUAUCUAAAACUAACUAAAUUAAUGUAUUUUUAAUUAUUUGAUUAUUACAGUAUUUUGAAGUUAUUGUAAUUUAAGAUUAAAUUUAUUCUAUUCAUUAUUUUUAAUAAUAACUUGUUUUGCGCGUUUUUGUUUAAUCAAAGUAUUAAACACAUUCCAAGGCAUCUUAGCAUACAUGUUAAAUUGAAUAAACAAUUAUUACUUCAAUAUUACUGAGUUUAAAAACAGCUGCAAUAUGACAUGGGUUUAUAUAACCUAUAAAUAAACCGGUAGUUUUAUUUGUAAACUUUGACAAUUUAGAAUUUAUUUUCUAUUUGCUGGAUUGUUGGAUAACUACAUCAUAUUGAUAAAAAGAAAAUUAUUCAAUUACAAAAAUGACAGAUAAUGUUAAUAACAAUGACAAAUGGAGUGAAAUAGAACAAGUAAAAAAAGAAAAAAGACAUGAAUUAGUUCUUUCUGGCUCUACAAUAUCACAAAGAAUUUCAUCAUCUGGCUUAGAUAUCAAUUUAUUUGAUUUAAACUCUCUCAAUUAUUUAAACAUUAAUCAAACUUGUCUUCAAUUUAUUCCGGAUGAGAUUGAAAAAUUAACCAACUUGACGACUCUUGUUCUUCAUUCAAACAAAUUGAAAAAAAUUCCUACAACAAUAAAAAAUUUGGUCAAACUCAAAAUACUUGACUGUUCAUAUAACCAACUAGAAACAAUCCCAGAUGAGAUAUCAGCUCUUAUUCAAAUAACAAGCAUCAAUUUAAAUUCAAAUUCAUUGAAAACUUUACCAUGUUUAAAGUUCAACACCAAGCUAAGUUCAUUGAAUUUGUCAAAUAAUAAUUUUCAAAUUUUCCCUGAUAUUUGCUAUGAUUCAUUAAUUCAUUUAGCUGAAAUUAAAAUAAGCAAUAAUCCAAUUGAAGAAUUACCUGCAACAAUUAAUCAUUUACCGUCAUUAAAGCAUUUAGACAUUUCAGAUAAUAAAAUAACUGUUGUUCCUGGAGAACUAGCAGAUUGCAACAAACUUAAAGAAUUGAAUCUAAAAGGAAAUAAAUUAAAGGAUAAAAGACUCAGUAAAUUAGUUGAUCAAUGUCGAACCAAACAGAUAAUAGAUUAUAUUGGUCAACAUUGUGCAAAAGUAGCGAAAGAUGGAAAAUUAACAGAAAAAGAAAAUGAAAAGUCUGGUAAAAAGGGUUCAAAAAAUCAUAAAUCGCAAUCUAAAGAUAAUGAUGUUAAUAAUGAAGCACAUAAACUGAAAAUAUUACGAGCAGACGAUAGCAUAAUGGUUAUUAAAUUACUUGAUAAUGUAAAAACCGUACGUCCUUUUAUUGUAUGCUGUAUCGUGAAAAAUUUAUCAUUUGAUGAGAAUACUUUUAAAAAAUUUAUUCAACUACAAACUAAAUUACAUGAAACUAUUUGUGAACGACGAAAUGCUGCCACAAUUGCAACACAUGAUUUCGAUUUGAUACCACCAGGUGAAUUGACAUAUACAGCAAAAUCUCCUACUGAAAUAAAAAUGAAACCUUUGGGCAGAAAGAAUGUUUUCACAGCAGCAGAAUUAUUUAAACAUUUACAAAUAGAUGCAGAUAAUUUAAGACGAGAAAAAAAGCGAAAUGUUUAUUCUGGAAUUCACAAAUAUUUAUAUCUCAUAGAAGGAAAACCACUCUAUCCAUGUUUAUUAGAUUCAUCUAAUCAGGUUAUAUCAUUUCCACCUAUCACCAAUAGUGAUAUCACUAAAAUGAGUGUAAAUACAAAAAAUAUGCUUAUUGAAGUGACGAGUGCCACUUCUCAACUAGUUUGUCGGAAUGUUUUAGAUGCGUUCUUGAAGGAGCUCGUAAUACAGGGAUUAUGUACGUCAGCUCAAAAUGUUGAUGAAAAAGUAGAAUACCAUACUUUAGAAAUUCAACAAGUUAAAGUUGUUGAUGCUGAGGGAAAUUUAAAAUAUGUUUAUCCAUCUCGAGCUGAUUUAAAUUUCAAUGAUGAUAAAAUAGUAGUUUUAAGAGAUUAAUAUAUGUACUGUCUCUUGAUUAUGUUUGAUACAAUAAUAAUUACGUCAACAGACUGGUUCUGUCAAUAAAAAAAACUGGAUUCUUUCAAUACUUCUAUAAACUUCUUAUUGAUUUGAUAAAUUUUGUUGAAUUGUACUGUUACAGUCUUUUAUA